CCAAAAAGAUUCAAUCGAACCCCAGAAAACAGGAAACCAACCACUCCAAAAUUUCAACUUCGAGUCCAAGUUCUUCAGGUUGGGAAGAGAAUGGCCGCAGCACAAGCUUCCGUCGCGGGUUUCCGGCCGGCGUGCGCGUCCAGAACUCGGUUCUUGACGGGCUCUUCUGGGAAAUUGAACAGGGAAGUGUCUGUUAGACAGGCCGUAUCGUCCUACAAUUCGUUCAAGGUUGAAGCCAAGAAAGGUGAAUGGCUGCCGGGAUUGGCCUCUCCCACCUAUCUUGAUGGCAGUCUUCCAGGAGACAAUGGAUUUGAUCCAUUGGGACUCGCGGAGGACCCGGAGAACUUGAAAUGGUUUGUGCAGGCUGAGCUUGUGAACGGCAGAUGGGCAAUGUUGGGGGUUGCUGGAAUGCUGCUGCCGGAAGUUUUCACAUCAAUCGGCAUCAUCAACGUUCCCAAGUGGUACGAUGCUGGAAAAUCCGAGUACUUCGCCUCCUCGUCUACCCUUUUCGUGAUCGAGUUCAUCCUUUUCCACUACGUCGAGAUCAGGAGAUGGCAAGACAUCAAGAACCCCGGAAGUGUCAACCAAGACCCCAUCUUCAAGAACUACAGUUUACCUCCUAACGAGGUCGGCUACCCUGGCGGCAUCUUCAACCCCCUCAAUUUCGCCCCGACUACAGAGGCUAAGGAGAAAGAGCUCGCCAACGGAAGGCUAGCAAUGUUGGCAUUCUUGGGGUUCAUUGUUCAGCACAAUGUGACCGGAAAAGGGCCAUUUGACAACCUGUUGCAGCACCUUUCUGACCCAUGGCACAACACAAUUAUCCAAACACUCAAGGGCUAAAAUUUUCAUACUGAAAAUGGAAUGAAAGACAAAAUGUUGUUCCUGUAAUCUUGAGUGGAUGGUUUUCAAUGAGAUUUGAGUUGUAUUUGUAAACAAGGCAAGCUUUAAUGUACAGGGAUUUAUCAUUCAUAUA